AUGAUCCGCACCGCCAAACCCAAGCUCUCCGUCUCCAUCGCCGCCGCCCAAUCCACCGUCUCGCGGCCCUCCCUCUCUCUGAACCUCAACCUCAAGUCCCCCGCCAUCGCCUCUCCCCGAAGCCCCCUCCCACUCAGUCCCGCUGCUGCUACUGCCUCAUCAUCAAAGCGCUUCUCGACCCUCCAAGUCCCAUCCACCUCGCAGCCAAGCUACAGCUACGUCAACUCGUGCUCGUCCAAGAGCAUCCUGAAGAAGCAGGCUGGUGCGACGACGUCACAAAAGAAGAGCAAGAGCAUACAGUUCAACGGAAACCCAACUGUGCAUUGCAUUACGCCGAUUGAGAAUGGGGACGAGUAUUAUGGGAGUUAUCGUAAGCUUUCGAGGGAGGAGAGGCGGUGGAUUGUGAGAGAGUGA